AUGGCCCGUAUCGACACGAGCGUAUCUUCUUCAAGCGUGAGGACGAGCCCCGCAUCGCCGAUAAACAGGCGUGCAGAAGUCGAUAGCGACUCGCGUUAUUUCUUUGACUUGAGUCUAUUCGAAGCAGCGACACUCACAGUCGAAUCCUUGCCAACCUCCGUACAACAACUGGAGGAGCAUCUUGACGCAUCAACUGUAUCGUCUAUCGUGUUGCGCUCAACGACACUGUAUGGCGCGCUGGAAUAUAUCCUGUCCGCGACUUCCGAACCGUCCUGCGUCCUUAUCUCACAAUGGCUCCUCGGCCAUUUCCCGACCUCGCUCUCUGAAUUCUUCGAGCCCACCCUCGCAGCCCGGUGUUUGGCGCGCCUCGCGAUGUCUUUAGGGUCGUCUGAUGUUGCCUCCAUCAUCGAUUCGAAUGCCGCUGCCACCAUCUCUUCAACAUUCAUCUUGGCCAGUGCAGUAUUGCGGACCCUUGUCGGCAUGUUCGACGAAAAUACGUUCGCAGACGCCGAUGGUUCAGCCACCCGAGGCAUCAAGCAGCGCCGGAAAUCGAAGGCAUCGUCACGUGUUUCAGUUACCAUCGACGACAAACCUUUCAAAGAUUACGGAGCGCAAAUCCCUGCGUCUCGUGAAGAAGCGCUUGCCCUGGUAGAGAGCAUCUUGCAGAGCCAGCGCCUGGCGCUUCAGGAGUUGCUCAGCCUCACCCGCCGGCCGGAAUUGAAGGAUAAGCUCCGCGACGACUUCCUGAUACAUGGCCCGAACUCCGAUGGCAUCAGUGGUAUUGGCUCGAUGGCGGCGUCUGGCGUGGCCUCCAAUGAAUCCUUGGACUUCGAGGAUCUUCACGCUUAUCUGACUUACCCGAGCCCCAAUGGCUUUGGGCGGUGGCGGAUUCUUCUUGCGGGCAGGGCGGCUCGGGAUAUCGACAACCUGCGCAAAAGUGGUAGCGGCCUUUACGACGUCGUCAUACAAAAACUGAGGGAACUCUCCUGGGGUCAGUUCUCGCUGGCGAACCACAAGAAGAUCUCGCAUAACAGCCCUGUGCCUAUCUUCGAAGUCAGGUUGCCUAGCAAUCCGCGCUUGAUAUAUCAAAUCGAUUGCGUGCGCGAGACCAAGAACGAUACCCCUCGACAAGUUUUGCUCGUGUAUGGGUUAUACGACCACAAGGGCGUGUCUCGUACCCCCUGGGAUAAGUACGGCAAACAGCAGGCUCGCCGUGGGCCUGCAUAUGUCAGCGCUUGCCGUCACCGGAGUCAGCCACGUGUUCCAGGCAGUGACGUCUUCGAGCCAGCCGAAUUCCCCAAUAUGACUACGUCGCUGGAUAUGGUCCAUUCGCUUCCUGAUGUCGACGAAGGUGAACCAGACACUACGCUGUCCAAGGCAGAAGCACGAGAGCUUCAUUCCCUUCUUGUGCUUGGACGCCAUGCCAUCCUAUCCCAGAACUUCCUCGAGAGCCUCAAGCAGAACGACGACAUAGCGCAGAUCCACCAGUUGUCUGAUCGUGAGCGAGACGUUGUGGAACAUGGGACCUCGUGCUUUGUGAUCGGUCGCAGUGGGACGGGCAAAACAACGACGAUUCUAUUCAAGAUCUUUGGCAUUGAGCGCGCUUGGGAGCACCUCUCGCACGCACGCUCGCUACGGCCGCGACAGCUUUUCAUCACCAAGUCAAGUCUGUUGGCGAAGAAGGUCGAACAGGAGUUCAUAUCGUUCAUCAAGUAUGAUACUAUGGCCGAGCACGCCCCUCAUCACUUCAUUCAACGGGUUGCGCGCGCCGAGGAUCUCGAUACCGACGCCCUCUUCACCAAUGAGGAUCUUGGUGAAUGGCGGAAAGGCCUCCCUCUUCGCUAUAGCGAGCUCACAGACGAACACUUUCCUCUCUUUCUCACCUAUGAUGAGCUAUGCACAAUGCUUGAGAACGAUUUCAAGGCUGAGGACGACCUUCGCGAAGCGAAGAGCGCGCCUUGGAACAGCUACCCGCGCUACGACUCGGACGAUAUCGUCGAUUUCGAUGUAUUCACGGAGCAUUAUUGGAGUCGACUCCCGACUGAGCUUACUCGGCAGACGGUACCUUCCGUCGCAUACGGCGAGUUUGUCGGGGUUUGCGAGGGUUCGGAGGAGACGCUGAGUGCUCCCCACAACCGCCUCAGUCGCGGCCAGUACGAGGAGCGUCGCGUGCAGCACAUCGACUACGCGCAUUUUGAGGCAUACUUGCACAUCAAGGCUCAAAGACAUGAACGCGACGCUGCUGAUAGGGCCCACGAUCUCCUGCGGCGACUCGAAUCUGGGACUUUCCCUGGCCGUCGUAUUGACUUUCUCUAUGUUGAUGAGGUGCAAGACAACAUCCUUGUCGAGAUCUCGCUGUUGCGCCGGAUCUGCCGAAACCCGAAUGGCCUCUUCUGGGCUGGUGAUACUGCGCAGACGAUAUCGCACGGGAGUGCCUUCCGCUUUGCCGAUCUUACAGCGUUUCUCUAUCGGUUCGAGCAAAACCUUAUCGGACUGGGUUCACAGCCGACCAAGCCCGCCUUCUUCCAGCUGGCCAUCAACUACCGCUCUCCGGGCGGUGUUGUAGACUGCGCGCGCUCUGUUGUCGAUCUGCUCAAGCUCUUCCCUCGUGCCGUCGACAAUCUCGAUCGCGAGGCAGGCAUCAUACAGGGCCUACGUCCUCUGUUCAUCGGGCGGGAUGCGGCCACCGUUGCACAAGAGUUCUUCCGAAUUGGCCCAGAUGGAAGAGCAGAAGUCGUCUUAGGACAUAAUCAAUGCAUCUUGGUUCGAGAUGAGGCUGCGCGUGCUCGCUUGAAGAAAGACUUGAACCUUGUUGGCGUCGGCAUCAUAUUGACCAUAUACGACAGCAAAGGUCUUGAGUUUGACGACAUUCUCCUGUACGACUUCUUCGCGGAUUCAGCAGUUGACGUCCGUCUCUGGCGACAUCUCUUUGAAGCAUGUGGUGACAUAUCUGGUCCGGAGGUCAAGCGCUACGACAUCGAAGACCGUCGCCACUCUCCUCUUGCCGCCGAACUGAAACAUCUGUAUGUUGCCGUCACGCGCACUCGCCGUAACCUAUGGAUACUAGAGACGUCAAAUGAUCACUGUGAGCCAAUGAAGGAUUAUUGGUCCAAGCGUGGUUUGGUUGAAGAUGCUAGCGCCGAGGUGACACUUGCCGGAUUCUCCGAGAUCUCGGCGGCUAAGGAUUGGGCGCGUACGGCCGGUCGUCUAUUCACACGGCGUAACUACGAAGAGGCCGCUUUGGCCUUCGAGCGCGCCGGUGAUGAGCGACGCGCCCGUUUAUCCGAGGCGUUUCUGGCCAAGAAGUCUGCCGGCAGUAAUCCUGGUGGAAGACGUCGCCGUGAAGCGUACGAAGCUGCAGCAUCAAGACUGCUCGUCUGUGCUGCCGAGGCGUCUAUAGAGAACGAGAUCAAGGGCAUCUUUGGAGCUGUCGCGGACUGCUACGUCGAGCUCAACGACCAUGAGCGUGCUGCAGGCGCUUUCGAGCAGGCGCAUCUUUGGUCAAAGGCGGCUGACCACUACUUCAAGGCCAAGGCACUGGACAAGGCUGUCGCCCUUGUCAAGGAGGAUAAAGCGCGCAUGCGAGCGGAAAUUGAUGGCAGGGUGAGGAAUAAGAUCGUAGAGACGGCAAAGUGUGCAUACCUGGAGAGCCUUCGCAUUCAGGAAGCUCGUGAGCUAUUCGAUGCCAAGGACGAAGAGGACCUCGAGGAGUUCGUUGAAUCACACGAUUUCAUCGACGCGCAAGUGCAACUACUCGAAGACCGCCUUGAAGUGGCAGCAGCGGCGCGUUUGCUUUACGAUGAAGGGCAGGCCAUUCGUGCUCUCGAGAAGCUGGUGCUUCAUGGAGAACAGAAGGAGUGUGUAUCUGCCGCGCUUGAUCUUGGGUUCCGACUUCUGCGUGCUCAGCUAUCUCUCGGCACACAUACCUUACCGCCGACAUCUACCGAUGAGGGGAGCGCCGUCGCCGAACUUCUCUCUAAACUUCCUAUCGAGUCAUUGGAUCAGAAUCAGCGGCGAGAGCUUGCGCUUUAUCAAGAUGUGAAACGCCAGGAUUGGGCGGCUCUCAAACGCGGCGGCAUACUCGCAUUCGUACGACCGGGAGGAGCACCAUUCGGCUUGCUAUGCUUUGACAAGUACUUCAGCGACAUGUCACACGUCGGCGUAGAUGACCCAGCAUCACUCCUGACUUUUGUCGACCUGUUCGGUCGAUAUGUGAGGCAGAUGCGAGAAGUCAUCAUGUACACUACACUCGACAAUCUCCAGCUACUCGGCAUUCACCGCUUGGACGACGACCACAUAGAGCUUUUCCCAGGGACAAUCGCAGGAAGUGCUUACUUGCGGAGACAUGGCCCAGACACAUCUCUGCGUAUUCGUCAUACCGCCGUCAUUGGGCUUAUCCGCUCUCAGCUAUCGAUCUACCUCAAACAGAAGAUCCACGACCAGCUCGCGAAGAUUCAGACCGCCGCACAGAUCUUCAAUGCCUGCACGACUCUGUCGCGAACUGGAAUAUGUCGGAAGGUCCACACCGUCUCUGUCGCGCAUGAUCUGGAUGAGCAUUGGUACAACAAGCGCAUCCAGUUCCAUCUACAGCAGAUCGAGAUUCUGCACAUCGUCCAUCAGAUACCGCACGCGGAAGACUUCCGCGCCCGUAUCGUCCAGCAGAUGACAUGGCUCGCACGAUUGGAGAACAGUCUGAAUCCUCUCAUCUUUCUGAACGGAUCUCAGUCAGUAUUCGAUCCGUCGGCUGUCACCGUCGCCGAACAUAUUAUGCCCAUCGUGAAACAAUGGUGUCUGGAUGUUCUCUACCACCUCGACCCCACCGACACAAGUCAUCAGCAUCCUUUCCUCAACAUGUUCCUCAUUGCCGCAAAACUUGGCAUGCGCAUCGACGUGGUAGACAAGAGCCAUAUUAUGGAACGCCAGCUCGCCACCGUACCCUGCAUCACGGAUCGACGGAAGACAUAUUCACGGCUCAUAUACCGCGAACCGAAGGGGACACGUUUCUACGUACUCCCAUAUGUUGCGAACUACCUGCGUGGGUUCGGUAACGUUAAACAAGGUGUGGAGUUCCUGAACACGAUCGUCGAACGCGAGUUACCCGUCGACUUCGGCACUCUUUGCGACUUUGCGGACCGUCUCACAGGGGUCUUCAUCUUGACACGGACUUAUCAGAGAACCCGGUCUGUUCACGAAGUGACUCUUCCGCGUAGUUGGGCUGUCGAGCUCUGGUCGGAAUUCUAUUGUUAUAGAGAGCACAACACUGCUCAUCCCGCUCGCCUCGUGGACAUCCUGGGUCGCCUUCUGGUCAAAGUCCAUGGCGACGUCUUGUAUCAACGGCCAAAGGCCUACCUUGACCUUCCACGCGACGCCGCUCGUGACGCGUGUAUGAGCAGAAUUUGCCGUGAUCUGAUCUUGGUCGGGUACAACAUUGCUGGACCAGAUCUUCGCGACAACAUAGUGCGCGUCAUCAAGUCAUUCAAGAAAAACGAAGUCACAACGCUUCCGCUGAGCAGGCCAUAUCUACUAUCCGACAAUUGGACUGAUCUCGCCAUGGCUGCGAUCCAUUCGUGUGGACGCCACAUCUCCGACAACAUGAUCCAGUUAUGCUUCAGUGGCUCACCGAGGCGACCUCCUCUUGCAUCUUCGGACAUUGAACAGGUCUUUUUCCAAGGCAUGGCGGAUAUACCCGUCGUUCUUGGCUUUGGAGAGGACCUUGCACCAACGGAUGGUGAACAAGGAGAAGGUGUACACAGAGAAGCAGUCGUACAAGCGUCGUCAGUCAUCGAACACGACUCGGUGGCAUCCGACGUCGUCGUAUCAAGUGAACCCCAAACGGCUGACAACUCUUUCGUUUCCACUGUACAAGAGGGCGCCGAUGAGGCUUCUCGUGACGUGGAGGAUGAGGGCGAGCUUCCGCAGGUUCCGAGCGAGUAUCAAGAGGAGCAGGGUCCGAAGCUUCACGCAGUCCGCAUCAUCCAGGAGGCUUGGCAUUGGCGGCGUCCACCCCAGGGCACUUUGUCCGCUGCAUUGCACCGUCGGAUUCGUGAACACCGUGCGCGCGCCUCGAGCUUGAGCCUUACACCAACAUAUCGUGCCGUGUUCAUCGUGCAUCUGCCGCGUCUUCUGCUUAGCGUCGAACACAUCCUCGUCCGGUCUCAGGAGGAGCGCAACAGUUGCAAACGUCAGAGGUUGCGCGCGGCGAGGGUUCAAGACCUUGACUUGCAGUUAGAGUUGUCGUCUCGGACGAAGGAGCUUCAUUCUGUGGAGCGUGCCGCCGCGGCCUUGAAUUCGGCACUGCGCCCCGAGUCAAACCUUCAUAGCCGGGCUGGAACUGCGCUAUCGGAAGUUCGGAAGUGCGUGCACGAGCUGCAGCGACUUGUGGUUAUGGUUCCACUUGAUAACUCUUUGAAUGAGGUAUUCCAGCUGGCUCUGCGGGGUAUCGAGCAUGCUGGCACGCGCAACUACAGAGGCACCCAUGCUAGACCGGGAGAGCCUGGGGUUGCCACGAAGCCCGUUCUGAAUACGAAAGACCUGUAG